AUGGCGCCUAGUUUCGAUACUCUCUCCGAGCAAGACCUCCACGAGGAGGAGGAGGAGGAGGAGGAGAUCGACUUCUCCGAUCUCAAAGCGCAAUAUGAAGUGCAAGUCGACGAAGGCUUGGACACAUUUAUCGUUAUCGAUGGACUCCCCGUCGUCCCCGCAGACAGCCGACAAAAGCUCGUCAAAUUCCUGUUGAGGAAGCUCAACUCGGUCGGCCACACCUCCGAAGAUGCCGUCUUUAUGCCCCUGAGCGACAAGAACAUGACUGAAGGGUACCUCCACGGAGUCCCCCUGGAUAAGAAGCACACCCUCAUGGUCAACAAGUUGAUGGAUAUUGAACGGUAUGGCCGGGAAGGACGCGUCGAGGAGGAAUACAAGGCCCCCACCGUCGAGGCCUUCAAGGAGAAGGAGCACCUUCGGUCCUGGAUGGGCGAUGUUCACGCCCGCGACCAGUUCGCGCUCUACCGGGGUGACAAGGUCGGAGUCUUCUGGAACAACAAGAGCAACCCGCCGGAGAACGUGGUGGAUCGGGCCCACUGGACGCAGCUGUUCGUCCAGUGGUCCCCCAAGGGUACCUUCCUGGCCUCCGUCCACCCGCAGGGUGUGCAGCUCUGGGGCGGUGCAUCCUUCUCCAAGCAACGCCAGUUCCCCCACCCCUUCGUCCAGCUGGUCGAGUUCUCCCCUCAGGAGAACUACGUGACCACCUGGUCCGCCCGCCCCAUCCAGGUCGAGGAGGGCAGCCAGUCGACCCUGUCCUACGAGGAGGAUGGCAAGAACAUCAUCGUGUGGGAUAUCACCACCGGCAAGCCCCUGCGGUCCUUCGUCUCCCACGACCUCACCGCCGGUGCCAGCGCCGAAGGCGAGCCCAAGAAGAAGGUCCAGUGGCCCGCCUUCAAGUGGUCCGCGGACGAGAAGUACGUCGCCCGGAUGCUGCAGGGCCAGUCCAUCUCCAUCUACGAGCUGCCCCGGAUGAACCUCCUCGACAAGACCUCGGUCAAGAUCGACGGCGUGAUGGACUUCGAGUGGUCCCCCGCCACCGUCACCCGGGAGGGCGUCAAGCAGUACGAGCAGCUGCUCUGUUUCUGGACCCCGGAGAUCGGCAGCAGCCCGGCCCGUGUCGGUCUCAUGAGCGUCCCGACCAAGGAGAUCGUCCGAACCCGGAACCUGUUCAACGUGUCCGACGUCAAGCUGCACUGGCAGUCGCAGGGCACCUACGUGUGCGUCAAGGUCGACCGUCACUCCAAGUCCAAGAAGUCCAUGGCCACCAACCUCGAGAUCUUCCGCAUCAAGGAGAAGGGCGUCCCCGUCGAGGUCGUCGACAGCCUGAAGGACACCGUCAUCAACUUCUCCUGGGAGCCCAACGGGGGCCGAUUCGUCGUCAUCACCACCGGCGAGGCCGCCCAGGGCGCCGCCGUCGCCCCCAAGACCUCCGUCGCCUUCUUCGCCCCCGAGAAGAAGGGCCCCUCGGCCGGCAACUUCAAGCUGGUGCGUGUCGUCGACAAGAAGAACAGCAACGCCAUCUACUGGUCGCCCAAGGGCCGCUUCGUUGUCGUCGCCACCGUGCACUCGCAAUCGAGCUACGAUAUCGACUUCUGGGACAUGGACUUUGAGGGUGAGAAGGCCGAGGGGGAGAAGGACCUGGCCGCCAACCUGCAAUUAAUGAAGACCGUGGAGCACUACGGUGUCACGGACGUCGACUGGGAUCCUACGGGCCGGUACGUGGUGACCAGCGCCAGUUCCUGGACCCACUCGAUGGAAAAUGGCUGGACCCUCCACACCUUCGCCGGUCAAACCCUCUCCGAGAACCCCACCGACAAAUUCAAGCAGUUCCUCUGGCGCCCGCGCCCCGCCACGCUCCUCAGCAAGGAAGAGCAGAAGCAAGUGCGCAAGAACCUCCGCGAGUACUCGAAGGAGUUCGACGAGGAGGACCGGUACGCGGUGGACAUCGCCAACACGGCCGUGGUCGAGACGCGGAAGCGUGUGCUCAGCGAGUGGACCGCCUGGCUCCGCCAGCAGAAGGAGCUCCUGUCCGAGGACAAGGAGGUCUACGGACUGCCGGAGGAUGUGGACGAUCCCAAGCUGGCCAAGGACGCUCCCCCUGCCACGGAAGACAAGGGCGAGGCCGUGGUGGAGGAGAUUGUCGAGGAGAUUGUCGAGGAGCACGAAGAAAUCAUCAAUUGA